AUCUAAUUCAUUUUUUGUUGAGCAAAUCGCGGACGGAGAGCCAGACGUCAAUUUUCUUCUGGACCAAAAGAAAAGAAAAUCAAAAAUCUAUAAAAAUGCUUUCGAGGGCUGCAAUUCUUUCUGUUCAACGUCCUAUGGGCGCUUUGGCCGCCAGAGCUGCUGCUACCGCUGCUGGUGCUGAUCGUCCCGUUCGUCCUGAACACCCCGGCAAAGUUCGUUUGGGUUUCAUUCCAGAAGAAUGGUUUCAAUUUUUCUACAACAAGACCGGUGUGACUGGUCCCUACACUUUCGGUGUAGGUUUGAUCACAUAUUUGUGCUCCAAGGAAAUCUACGUCAUGGAACAUGAAUACUACAGCGGUCUUUCUUUAGCUAUUAUGGCUGUUAUUGCCGUUAAGAAAUUGGGCCCAGCUGCUGCUAAAUGGGCUGAUGGCGAAAUCGAUAGAAUCGAAGCCGAAUGGAAGCAGGGUCGUGAGGACGAGUUGAAGGCCCUUCAAGAAUCCAUUGAAGCAGAAAAGAAAGAACAAUGGCGUGCCGAGGGUUCUCUUAUGCUUAUGGAUGCCAAGAAGGAGAAUGUUGCCCUCCAAUUGGAAGCUGCAUUCCGUGAGCGCGCUAUGAACGUCUACAAUGAAGUCAAACGUCGCUUGGACUACCAAGUUGAAUGUCGUCACAUUGAACGUCGCCUCAAUCAAAAACAUAUGGUUGAUUGGAUUGUAAAGAAUGUAAUGGCUUCAAUCACCCCACAACAAGAGAAGGAAACACUUAACAAGUGUAUUGCUGAUUUGAGUGCUUUGGCCGCACGCUCUAAGUAAACUCCAGGAAGCAUUAAAUUUUAGUUGUUAUUAAACCCUACAAAAAUAAAACAUAAAAUCGAAAAGAUAAAAUGUAAAAACUGCAAAUGAAAUCUAAUAUAAUUUAGAAAUAAAUGAAAAUUCUGCCACGGUAAAAAAAGAUCAA